AUGACAACAGAAAUAAAUCAAAAUGUUCAAUAUUCUAGUGAAUUUCUUCAUUCUCCUCCAUCUUGUCAAUCAACAUCUUCAAAAACCCAGUCAAAUCCAUGUGAUGAUAAUUCUAAAGAGAGCGAAUUCAAAACAAGAAGAUUAAUCCCAGUUCAACGAACUUACAAUGAAUGUAUCCUAUAUGCUUUAGGUGAAUGGAGAUGUGCAUGCCUUACAAUAGUUUUAGUCACUGGUAUUAUUUUAAUAUCAUCAUGCGGUGUUAAACAACUAACAAAUUAUGUGAAUUCAUCUCAUUCCGACCUGCAAUAUACUAUUUCUUAUCAUAAACACGAACAAAGUUUUAAACUAUUGUGUCAAACAAGUUCUCUUCUAAUUGUUAGUGGUUUAUUAUUCCUGAUUUAUUUAAUCUAUUUAAUUGAAUCAUGGCAAUCAAGAAAUUGGAUUCAAACAACAUGGCUGAUUGAUACAAAAAUGGCGUAUAAUUUAAUCAAUAAUGCACAUAGACUCAUUCCUUCUAUCCUGUGGCAAAUUAAAUGUUAUCAUUAUGCUCAUAAUACACCACAAUAUACUAAUUAUCAACAGAAUCCAAUACAACAAAGCUUGAUAUUGAAUGAAGCCGAUUCAAACAAACCAACUAAAUAUCCAUUUAUUCAAGAUGAUGAUUUUAACAAGUCAACUAGAGGAAAGCAAACACUGGAACACCCUUAUCCAAUUAGUUCGAAUAAACUUCCUGACAUGUUUUCACAUGCAUCAUGUAAUCCUAAUGUAAAUCAAAUUAAAUGUCAUCGUAUUAUUACAAUGAAUAAAAUUUGUUCAUUUGAUUUGUCUAAAAUUGAUGCAUUAUGGGAUAUGUCAGAUAAUAUUAGUGAAUUAGAAAAUUUCCAACUGAUCGAAAUGAAUUUGAGCACAUUAUUUAGUUUUUCUGAUAAACAAACAUAUUUGGAAUAUCAAAGACAAAAACAAGAAUUUUUUACCACAUAUGAAAAAUUCGAUGUUUACAUGGAAACUGAACAAAUUUGUACUUUUGCAGAUUUUAUCAAAUUUCCAGAACAAUUUCUUAUCAUUCAUCGAUCAUCAAAACUACCGGUUUAUUUAAAAGGCAUAACUUAUCUAAUCGCUACACUGUUAUUAUGUUCAUUUCCAUUGAGAAUUUUUAUUUAUGCAAAUAAAGCUAAAUUACAUUGUAAAAUUCACAAGAUAUUUGGUCCGAAACCAAUCAACGGAAAUUUAUACAAUUCAAUAAAAUUAAUUCCAUUACAUAAUCAGAUCAACAUUACAUCGAAUGUCUUGAAAAACACCAUUUCAACACAUACAAAUCAAUCAAUGUCAAUGAAUCAAAACUUAACAGAUUCCCAUACAACCAAUCAUAUCUUAAAUCAUACUAAUGAUACAAACAAACCAUAUCAUAUUAAUAAUGAAGCAGUUGUAUUAUUUAAUAAAUAUAUUUCAGAAAAUACUACUGAUUUUAAUCGUACUCGAACUCGUCACAAAAGACGAAAUCAAUACCAGUUGAAUGUAUCCAAAGAUCUUGACGACUCCAAUCAUUUCAAAUAUGAUAAACAUAAUCAUGAUGUCGAUGAUCAUGGUCAUAGUGUUGUUACUGAAGAUGAAGACAAUGAUGAUGAUGAUGAUGAUGAUGAUGGUGAUGAUGAUGAUGACGAUGAACUAUUAUCAUUGGAUAUACGAUUUGAUGAAUACAUAAAGAAUAAAUGUGCUAAAAAUGACCGGAACAAAGCAGAACAUAACUGUUACACUUAUGAACUAGAUACUAUUUUAAAAAAUUCGAAUGUUGAUGUACAAUCUAUCUGA